AGGGAGUCCGACAGCUGAGGAGAUCUGCACCGAGGAGGCGCAGUCAAUGAGGGACCAAACCGAAAAGUGAGCCGCAGUCCAUAAAAAAAGACACCGUCAAAACGCGGGUUUGGCGAGGAGGGACGAACAGGAAAAAUAACAAAAUAAAUCCCUCCCUGCUCUGAUAAGGCAGAUAGACUGCCCAUUGCAUCGCAAAGAUGGGGAACCGGGGAAUGGAGGAUUUGAUUCCUCUGGUGAACCGCAUGCAGGAUGCUUUCUCCGCCAUCGGCCAGAAUGCAAACCUGGACCUGCCGCAGAUCGCAGUGGUGGGCGGCCAGAGUGCAGGGAAGAGCUCGGUGCUGGAGAACUUCGUCGGGAAGGAUUUCCUUCCCCGUGGCUCUGGCAUUGUGACUCGUCGUCCUUUGGUUCUGCAGCUGAUGAACUGCCCCACAGAAUAUGCUGAGUUCCUUCACUGUAAAGGCAAAAAGUUUACAGAUUUUGAUGAGGUCCGGCAGGAAAUCGAGGCAGAGACUGACCGCAUCACCGGGGCCAACAAGGGCAUCUCCCCUGUGCCCAUUAACCUGCGUGUUUACUCCCCUAAUGUGCUGAAUCUGACCCUGGUGGACCUGCCAGGGAUGACCAAGGUGCCGGUGGGCGACCAGCCUGCAGACAUUGAGGCGCAGAUUAGAGAUAUGCUGAUGCAGUUUGUCACCAAAGAGAACUGCCUGAUGCUGGCUGUCUCCCCGGCCAACUCUGAUCUGGCCAAUUCUGACGCUUUAAAGAUUGCCAAAGAGGUCGACCCUCAGGGUAUGAGAACCAUUGGUGUGAUCACCAAGCUGGACCUGAUGGACGAAGGAACAGACGCUAAGGACAUCCUGGAGAAUAAGCUGCUUCCACUCAGAAGGGGUUACAUCGGUGUGGUGAACAGGAGCCAGAAGGACAUAGAUGGCAGGAAGGACAUCAACGCUGCCAUGGCUGCUGAGAGGAAGUUCUUUCUUUCCCACCCUGCGUACAGACACCUGGCCGACCGUAUGGGCACUCCCUACCUCCAGAAAGUCCUCAAUCAGCAACUGACAAACCACAUCCGGGACACCCUGCCGGGUCUGCGGGCCAAGCUGCAGAGUCAGCUUCUGUCCAUAGAGAAGGAGGUGGAGGAGUACAAGAACUUCAGACCUGACGAUCCAUCUCGCAAGACUAAAGCUCUGCUUCAGAUGGUGCAGCAGUUCUCUGUGGACUUUGAGAAGUGUAUAGAGGGCUCCGGGGACCAGAUUGACACAGCUGAGCUGUCAGGUGGUGCCAGGAUUAAUCGCAUCUUCCAUGAACGCUUCCCCUUUGAACUGGUCAAGAUGGAGUUUGACGAGAAAGAGCUCCGCAAGGAGAUCAGCUACGCCAUCAAGAACAUUCACGGAAUCAGAACUGGCCUCUUCACCCCGGACAUGGCCUUUGAAACCAUUGUGAAAAGGCAGAUUGGGAAGAUUAAAGAGCCUUGCACCAAAUGUGUGGACAUGGUCAUUUCUGAGCUAGUCAGUACGGUUAGGCAGUGUACCAAGAAGCUGGCUCAGUAUCCCAUGUUGAGAGAGGAGAUGGAGAGAAUUGUCACCCAGCACAUCAGGGACAGAGAAAGCCGCACUAAGAACCAGGUGUUGCUGUUGAUAGACAUUGAGUUGUCCUACAUGAACACCAACCAUGAGGACUUCAUUGGAUUUGCCAACGCUCAGCAGAGGAUCAACCAAAUGAACAAGAAGAAAACAGCUGGCAACCAGGAUGAGAUCAUGCCGGAGAGAGGAGUUAGCGAUCGGUUCAAGGUGAUCAGGAAGGGCUGGCUGACCAUCAACAACAUUGGCAUCAUGAAGGGAGGAGCCAAGGAGUACUGGUUCGUCCUCACCGCAGAAUCUCUGUCCUGGUAUAAAGACGAUGAGGAGAAGGAGAAGAAGUACAUGCUGCAGGUGGACAACCUGAAGCUGCGCGAUGUGGAGAAAGGCUUCAUGUCCAGCAAGCACAUCUUUGCCCUCUUCAACACUGAACAGAGGAAUGUGUAUAAGGACUACCGUCAGCUGGAGCUGGCCUGUGAGACUCAGGAAGACAUUGAUGCUUGGAAGGCCUCCUUCCUCAGAGCUGGAGUUUAUCCUGAACGGGUCACGAGUGACGGUGGUGAUGAAAAUGGCUCUGAUAACAUAAUGCACAGCAUGGACCCUCAGUUGGAGCGCCAGGUGGAAACCAUUCGUAACCUUGUUGACUCCUACAUGGCCAUCGUCAACAAAACUGUUCGUGACUUGAUGCCCAAGACCAUCAUGCACCUCAUGAUUAACAAUACUAAGGAGUUCAUUAACGCAGACCUGCUGGCCCAGCUGUACUCGUGCGGCGACCAGAACACGCUGAUGGAGGAGUCUCAGGAGCAAGCCAUGCACCGUGAUGAGAUGCUGCGGAUGUACCACGCCCUGCGGGAGGCCCUCAGCAUCAUCGGUGACAUCAGCACAUCCACCAUAAGCACCGCCAUGCCACCUCCUGUGGAUGACUCCUGGCUGCAAGUGCAGCGGGGCGGUUCUGGAGGAAGAAUGUGUCUCCUCCUUUUUCCACCAGGUCUCCCAGCUACCAGUCCAACUCCAAACCGCAGGGCUCCUCCAGCCCGUCCGGGCUCUCUCGGGCCUCCCCCUGGGCCUCCUCCUUCUGGGGGACCCCCUGUCCCAUCUCGCCCAGGGGCUUCUCCGGACCCUUACAGUGGGCCACCACCCACCGUGCCCUCCCGGCCUAACCGCGCACCCCCAAGUGUGCCCAGUCGGAGACCCCCACCUUCUCCAACCCACUAGACCUCUGAACUCCUCCCUACCUCCGUCUAUACGUCCCACCCCUGGAUGAGAGGCCACGGACAACAGUGCCACCUUCCUGUCGUUUUCUGCCACACCUAACCUGAGCCGGCUCCUUUCUCCUGCUCGUACUUUCCCCUUACAACACACACACACACACACACACACACACACACACACACACACACACAGAGCUGCAGAAUACUUGAAACAAACUUGCAUGACUGUCUUACAAACGUGCUGAACCUUCAGAAUUUAGAUCAACUGUAUGUAUACAAUAUAAAAUCACUGAUACAAUUUUGAGUGUAUGCGCACAAGUGCAUGCACACCUGCUUACAUAAACACACACACACACACGCAUAUAUACAAGCAAAUACAUACAGAAUAUCUGCUAUUAAACCUAAGGUGGGGGACGUUUGCAAACUACUGUAAGCAUGACACUUUGCCUGAGUAUUACAUUAUACUCCAGCCUUUCUGACGGGUAUUCUGGCUACUGACUGACUUAUUUUUUUCUCUUAUUAACAGUUGCUUUAUUAAAUAUUUCCUCUUUUUUUCUGAGUUCUUCACCCCUCAGUUUUUUUGUGUCACUCAUCUUGCAUUGCCGGUUGUGCUCGAAGAAAAAAGUGUUUUCGUUAAAUGUCUUCAAAGCAGAGUUUUAAAAAGUGGUAGCUACUUCUAGAUAAAAUCAUGCCAAGCAGCAGAACAGUAUCAGUGUGUUUUUACAACAAAUUCUUCAGUUGACUUAUUUUGGUGACCAUCAUGGAUAGAUUACUGAGGGGGCCUACUGGGUACAGGCCUAGGGGCCCAAAGUGUCAAAGGCCUCUGUUGCCUUUAACUGUACAAUGUGACUCAAACUGAAGCGUCGAAUGAGGAAUGACCUCAAACAGACUGACUACAGAGAGACAAAAAUGACCCCAAAGAGACACAAAAUUGAAGACUGCAAAGAC